CUUUUUGCUUUUGCGCAGUUCCAAAGAGCAGUUGGUUACUGGAAAAGUUGGGAGAAUAAACUCGGUGGUAAUGGAGACGAGUGAUCAGCUAUCAACGUUCUUAGAAACUGGUAUUUAUCGAUUGGAUUCAGACGCGGUCUUUAUGGACUCGGUUCGCGUGCUAAAUCGAUCCUAUACUCGUUUUAGGGUUUUUCCUUCUGCAUACUACUCUCGCUUCUUCGAGACCAAACGCAUUGAUCAAGAAACGACGUCCUUAUCUGAUUCAAGGAAGCGAAAAAGGAGGCAGAGAAAUCUUCUUCUACUCAAUGAAAGAGAGCAGGCCGCUGAUCGACGCCACCAGGAAUCGAGGCCUUUGUUACUGAGGGCUCAUGAAUCUUUGUUACGAGCUGCUGGUCUUUUAAUGGCUAUUAGGAGUUUAAGGGGCGAAUUUUUUUCCUCAACAAAGAGGGAUGUCGAUUUUGAACAUUCUUUUAUUGAACUUGGAAGAGAGUGGCAAGCACCUCUCUAUGAGAUAAUUCUCAAUUACAGCCAACAUGAGAAGCCAAACGAUGAUGGAGGUUCCUUGAUUAAUCCAUGUCAUGAACAGAUUGUGGUUCCUGUAUUCAAUAACCUAGUUGUUAAUGAGACAGGCGAUGAUAUGGAAGCUGAGUUUCUAAACAGGCAGUAUAUAAUACCUAGAGAAAGUUACUUCUACAUGUCUGAUCUGCAGCAGAUUCACAACCUUAUUCCUGCUUCACCUGUUCAAGGAUUUAAUCUCAUAGUCAUUGAUCCGCCAUGGGAAAAUGGAAGCGCUCGUCAGAAAGUAAAGUAUCCUACUUUGCCAAACCGUUACUUCUUAUCCCUUCCUAUUAAGAAACUUACUCAUCAGGAGGGAGCACUUGUGGCCUUAUGGGUGACGAAUCGGGAGAAGUUGCGUAGUUUUGUUGAGAAAGAACUAUUUCCAGCAUGGGGAGUCAGUACUGUAGCUACUUUCUACUGGUUAAAGGUGAAAGCAGAUGGUUCACUGAUUAGUGAUCUAGACCUCUUUCAUCAUAGGCCUUAUGAAUGUCUUCUUUUAGGCUACUGUCGUGGACAGAUUGCAGAUUCCAAACAUCUGGCAGGAUUCAAACCUGUGAAAGAUAAUCUAGUAAUUGUAAGCGUCCCAGGAGACUAUUCAAGGAAGCCCCCUCUCGGAGAGUUGCUGCUGGAAUAUGUUCCGGGACCUAAACCUGCCCGAUGCAUCGAGCUGUUUGCUAGAGAAAUCAUGGCUGGGUGGACGUCUUGGGGCAACGAACCUCUCCGCUUUCAGGACUCGAGAUACUUUUUGACAAAGUAGACGGAGGAGUUUUCCUGACCAAUUCCCUAGCAGAUCAUAAAUUUCUAGUAUUUCUAUUUAAAUUUUCAUAUUGCUUAUAAGAAGCUGCUCUGGCAUUCCCUGAAAUCUGGUUUUGAUUGGGUGGAGAGAUCAGGAUUCAAAGCACACUAUAACCGUGGAACUCCGGCAGACUGCCUAUAGAUCCCUUGUUAAAAAAGCCCAAUUCUGCAUUUAUCCGUAGGUAAUCUGACAAAUUCCAAAUGGAGUAUGCUUGAAAGUGAUUUUAUUGGUCAACUUGUGGAGAGAUGAGUCUUGGGUGGAAUCGUGCUGAAGCCGUAAUCAGUAGCUAAAAAGAUGAAGCAUGAGUGUGUUUUCACGUAAUUCCAUGAAUAUGAUGAUUAAGGGAUAUUCUGCUCUUGGAAGUGGCAUAAAUAGGAUGCACAAUUGAAGGCAA